CACAGUGUAAUAAACACAGUGUAGCUUGUGUCACAGAUCAGGUCUACCCGUAUAGAACAUUGAUUUUUGAACAACCUGCUUCAGCCGACAGUGACCAAUAAUAUUCUACAUAGGUCAGCAACACCUGACCAGAGAAUGUGAAGAGCAUAAACCAACAAGGGAAGCAGACCAGUAUGGCGCCCGAGUCUAACACCCCUGAUACAGACUCCUAUCCUGUAGAGGCUCGCGUGAUAGUGGCGUUCAGUGUGUGGCAGUUUGUCAUUGUAGUGUUAACCCUGGGGGUUGGUAUUGUCGCUAUAGGACGGCUAGUGCGGGUCGGAUGUAAGAACUGUACAACCAUCAUCGUAUAUCUACUGUGUGGUUUACUUCAUGAACUGUACGCGAUAUAUAUACUACAGACAGCCAAACAAAGAACAGAUGAUGUAACAGUCAGAAACGAAGGUUGUGCAGACUUUUAUUUUGUUUGUUUGGUUGCCAUUGUUAUUUCAUUGCUGGUGGUCAGUCUCUCGACUGUCAGGAAAACAUUCGCCCCGAAAAAGGCUAAACUAAUUCGUAAUAUAGCACUAGUAUACACCGCCAUUGUCGUGCCGUUAGCUAUCAAAUUCAAAUCGUUAGGAUCUUCAGACAGUAAAGAACAUCUUCCUACACUACAGUUGAAGAGUGAAUUCCUUUACGUUACUGUAUGUGAACGCGAUCCUUACUCGGACGGCCUCUCCACCUUGUUAGAAUAUGGCGCCAUCUACUUCCCGUUUUCGGGCCUGUACUUGAUACUGUAUUACUCCCAAAGGGCAAGGUCAAGUGAUAAAGAAAUGAAGUUUUCUGAAUUGCAAUGUCUGCCGGCCUGUCAGGAAGGCGAUUUGCCAUACCUAUGCCGCACGUGCACCCGCGUGAACCCUGUUUUAGCUGUGACUCUUAUCUAUUAUAUAUUCGCCAUACUAAUGGCACGUCCGUUCUACAUUGGUUGUAGUAUGGUGCUGGGGACAACGUACAAGGAUCUCCUCCCUAACAUUACUAUUACGGCUCUCUACGUGUUUGUUUCACUGUAUUGUACGUUUGAUAUUUAUCUAUUCCCGAAAAAGUCCACGCCUGUUAAGUCAGACAGUGUUACCGAGAUCCUUAUUGAGACGGACGGCACGCACAGCAGUUAUAAACCACUGAGUACGAAGACACUUCGCCAGUAAAUUGACGAAUAGACAACAAAUAUACAAAUGUAAAAAUUACAUGGACGUAUACACUAGAGUCAAAUAAUAAUCUACAAAUAAGAUUUGUCUGAGCACGUAUUCAGACAACAUCUUUGCAAUUGAAGAUGUUCAUUCGAAUAUAUAUAUAUGCCAUGACAAAAUCGCUGUGACCCAUUUUGAGUAGUAUUCGAGAUGGCUAUGCUGGAAUUUGUGAAGGAAACUGCUCAUUUUCUGGACAUCAUGAUCAUCUGAGGCAUCGUAUCAGCUAAGCGAGAGGCCCUGUCUAAAAUCAGACCUAUGACAAGCCCCAACAGUAUAGAGAAUGAAUACAACACCAAUCCUAAAUAUUGUAUCUUAAAUACUGUAGCAACGAUACUGUAUCCUAAAUACUGUAUCCUAAAUACUGUACCAACGAUACUGUAUCCUAAAUACUGUACCAACGAUACUGUAUCCUAAAUACUGUACCAACGAUACUGUAUCCUAAUACUGUAUCCUAAAUACUGUACCAACGAUACUGUAUCCUAAAUACUGUAUCCUAAAUACUGUAUCCUAAAUACUGUACCAACGAUACUGUAUCCUAAAUACUGUACCAACGACACUGUAUCCUAAAUACUGUAUCAACGAUACUGUAUCCUAAAUACUGUACCAACGAUACUGUAUCCUAAAUACUGUAUCCUAAAUACUGUAUCCUAAAUACUGUACCAACGACACUGUAUCCUAAAUACCGUAUCAACGAUAAUGUUCAUUCUGUUGUAAAUACUGUACGUAUCCCGCCUAUGAAUACUGCCCAUAUUGACUCUUUAUAGCAAGCGUAUCGAUUGAAAUUGCAGAGGCAGUGUUGUUUAUUUUAUAUAUAACUUGGGUAAAAUGCUCUUCAUAUAAUCUUUUCUUGAGGACAUUAUGUGAAAAUAUAUUUUGAUAUAUAUUUUAUGAUACUCUUUUGUACUGCAUAUGUAUGUUGAAGUUGUAUAAUUGUUUCCAUGACCAGAAUACACCAUAUACUGUUUUUAAGAGUCUGCUUGAAAUUGCGCUGUUUUAAAGUCAUUUUUGAGACCAUUAAAAAUGUACUGUUCAUUGGACUUUUAGGAAAUGUUUGACUAUAAAUAUGUUGAGUUUGAAGGGAAAGGAUGAUUUAUGAAAGAGCAAUGUAUUCAUGUAGAGAAACUUUUGCUAUAAAUUACCUGUCUGCCUUGUAGAGUUCCCCAACACAGACCCGGAGUUUUGUGUUUUGUAACACAAUAUCGUAGACUACGUUAGGGACAGUUUCACUGACGUACAAACAAUAGCGAUGUUUUAAAUCGCAGUACUAAGAAUUGAUCUAUGUAUGCUUGUUUCCACCGUAUGGUUUAAGGCUUAAAACUGAUAUACAGUGUAUAAUAAACUUAUAGAUCUGCGAGCAUUGUUUUGGUUAGUAUCAAUCGACCUAUAUUUUCUAAUAGAUAAAGGUUGAAUGUUUAUACAAUGUACGUUUUGGUAUUUACAUUGUAAUUUGAAAAUGAAUCAAUAUUCAUGUUUAUAGCCUUUUAUGGGAGAAGUGUUUAUUGUUUUAACGAUACGGUUAGUGGCCACGCCCCUUUUGUAUGUCAGUUGGUCCCUAAGUAGACAAAAACUAUCAAAAUAUUACAAACAGAAUUGAACACUAAUUACAUGUAAGUAUACAAAUCAUGGAAACCUGUGUACCAACAGAAAUGAACCAAUUAAGUAUACAAACAAUGGAAACCUAUUGUGAACAAACAGAAAUGAACCAAUUAAGUAUACAAACAAUGGAAACCUAUUGUGUACAAACAGAAAUGAACCAAUUAAGUAUACAAACAAUGGAAACCUAUUGUGUACAAACAGAAAUGAACAGCAUAUUUGAAUAAUUUUCUAUUAUAACAGGCCGCUUUAACAUGUAACAUUUGAAUAAGUUUCUAUUAUAAGAUAUAACGAAUUACAUCACCCUGUGUAUAGCCUUUGUAAUGAAGACUUCGGUUGUUGCAUUGUUGUUGGUACCUCCAUCUGGGGCUCUCGGAUAAUUGUCCGAAAUUGAUAAAACUUGUCCAUGAAAGGUUGCAAUUGCAGUAAUUCCCGGGAAAAGAUUCAAAGAGUAGCUUUCAAUAUCGUCGGUGUUCAAUUUGCAAUGACCGCAUGGCCAUUUGGCUAUAGUGGUUUUCUUACCGCAAUCCGCGGUAUAUAAUAUAGGUGAUGUGAAUGGGCCAUUUUACGUGUAGGUUAAUUUCUUUAUAGGCAAUUUUUUGCGAUACAAAUUCUGAUUGCUUGUAGGGAAAGCGAAACUCAUUGAAUUCAAAUGUAAAACAUGCGUUUAAUUUAAACAAAAUAUGAAUCCCCCAUAGUAUUAACAAAAUUCUAAAAAAGAGAGAGAGAGAGAAAACUCAAGCUUAAUCUUAAUUUACAUACAACUUGUAAAAACAUAAAUCGGGGUAUAGACAUCUCUGAUACGCGUCAACUCACAAACAAUUAUCGGCGCGUGCCGAUUAGAACGGAUGAAAGCACAGACACCUGUGGUGCUGUAACAGGUGUGACGAGCUUGUGGACCGUAACUUCACACCUUGUAAUUGUUUAUUGGUAUAUUAAUUAAAUAUAGCCCACUCGCAGUCGAGCACACGUAAUUGUCCGAAUAUGGUUGCAAACAUAUUUAAGUCCUGUUUGAAGAGAAGACAUGACUUGUGACACACGACUGGGAAGUAAAAUCACAAGGAUGUCAAUCACUUCAUGAUAACUUAAAAAAACAUGACAGGUUUACAUAAAAGUUAAAUAUUUUUUUCCUAUUAAAGAAAAUUAGCCCCUACUCCAAAAUGUAGAAGUAAGUGCUAAUAUUUUUGUCUAUUAAAAGACUUGGAACAAACCUUUUUCAAAUUCAUAUGGAAUGGUAAAAAUGAUAGAAUCGCAAGAAACCAAAUAAUAAAACCUUAUGAGGAAGGUGGACUAAAAAUGUUCAACAUAGAAUACUUCAUAAAAGCCCUAAAAUUAUCAUGGGUCCAAAGGAUACUAAAAUCAAACGGAGCAUGUAAAGCCAUCUUCGAAAGUAUUAUUGGUUGUAAUAUUAACUCCAUAUUUAAAUUCGGAAAAGAAUUUUUAAAUAAAAAGGCAAAUGUAAUUAAAAAUAUUUUUUGGAAGGAGGUACUUUCUGAUCUAUACAUCUUUUUAAAUUGUGUCGAUGAAGACGAUAACAUAUAUCAACACCUAUGGUACAAUAAUAACAUAAAAGUAGAUAGCAAACCUAUUUACUUCAAGAGAUGGGCAGAUAGAGAUAUUUUUUACGUAUAUGAUCUACUAGAUGAGAAUGGUAGUCUAAUUCAAUCGUACGACAUAUUUUGUGCCAAACACAAUUUUUACCCUCCAAUCACUCAAUUUGAUGGUUUACAUAACGCCAUCAGAGCAACUUGGUAUGCUAUUCAAAAUAGACACCACACCUUUUCUCUACCACAUUGUCCAAUUCAUAUAUACUAUAUACUCACAAACAAGCAAAGAGGUCCUUCUGUUUAUAAUUUAUUUAUUAAAAACUUAAAAACAAACAAUAAAUACAUUACAAAAUGGUCAGAAGAACUGAAUUUGGUAGAAGGUACAGUAUGGUGGAAAAAAAUAAACAUAAUCCCUUUUAAAUCCACUAUAGACUGUAAAUUAAGAUGGUUUCAAUAUAGAAUAAUACACAGGAUUAUAAGUACAAACAAAUAUCUACAUAUGAUAAACCUAAAGGACUCUCCAUUAUGUACUUUUUGUAACCGUCAUACAGAAACUAUAGUCCACAUUUUUUGGGAAUGCAGACUAGUAGCAAUCUUCUGGGAAGAUUUCAAAGUAUGGCUAUAUGAUGAUACUUUAACUAAUUUACAAUUACAUGUUACGGAUGUAAUCUUGGGAAAGUUACAUAAAGAUCAAGAAGUCAAAUAUCUCAAUACGUUAGUAUUAAUAGCAAAAUUCCAUAUUUAUAAACAAAAAAUUAAAAAUUGUCUCCUCUGUAUUAAUGGAUUCAUAAAAGAACUAGAUUUGUAUCUAAAAACAGAGGAGGUAAUUUACAAAAACAACAUGGAGUGUGAUAGUUUUGUGAAAAAAUGGUCUAUAUAAGUGAAUAAUUUUUCAGAUCUUCUUCACACAUAUCAAUACAUGUACUUAAAAGUAAGUCAAAAGUUUUUCUUUUUUUAUACACGUACCUUUAAACACAAUAUAUUAAAAUGAGAGAAAGCGUGAGUGGAA